ACGCGCCGGAGUAAUUGACACUUAUAUGAUAGAGUUAAUAAUAAAAUAGUGCUGCGUGAGAAUUGAGAUUCGCUCCGAAAAGUCGCUCCAGAUUCCACGGAGCACGUAAAAGUUCAUUCCUAGAGCUAGAGGAAAAAAAGCUCGAGCACAGAGUCUUUUCUUAUCAUCCAGGAAUCUGUGCUGGUUCUUCUGGUCCAAGAUAACACAGAUCGAGGGAGAGAGAAAGAGAAUCAGCGCUAAAAACUGGCCGCCUUCAGUCAUGUGAUUCCACGAAGGCCCGCACAAUUAGUAGAACACGGUUGUGAGUAUUUCUGUUUUAAAUCUCGUCGAGAAGUCCUUAUCGUGAGUCCACACGCGGCGGACUGGGUGAUGAGCUCGUGGUACAAGUGGAAGACUGCCGCCGUUGAAAGAUGUUUCGCUCCAAGAUUCGCAUUCACACGUGUCAAGUGAUACUGCUGACGUCACUAGUAUGGUUCCUGGUCGACGUCAUGGUGCUUAUGCUCUAUUCGGACUGCAUCGGAGGGUCCGGAUGGGGUUGCUCGGACAACAAACAACAACAGGCGCUUCAGUCCGAGGAGCCGCUUCAACUGCAUCCAAAAGCCCAGAUAAGAGAGCCGCAGGCAUUGAAGCAAGACUAUAGUAAUAAGAGACAAUAUCUGCAGUCGGAGCUGCACCUGUGGCGGCCAGCGAAGGUCGUCAAGGAGAAUAAGGGGAUGCCUGGCGAGAUGGGAGCGGCGGUGGCCAUCCCGCCGGAGAACGAUGCCAAACAACAGGAGCUGUUCAAGCUAAAUCAAUUCAAUCUGAUGGCCAGCGAUAUGAUCUCCUUAAAUCGAUCCUUAAAGGAUAUCAGACUCGAAGGUUGUAAGAAUAAGAAAUACGCCAAGUAUCUUCCAGACACGAGUAUCGUGAUAGUUUUUCAUAACGAGGCAUGGACCACUCUACUGCGGACGGUCUGGUCCGUGAUAAACAGAUCUCCCAAGUCGUUGCUGAAGGAAAUCAUCCUCGUGGACGAUGCGAGUGAGCGUGACCACCUAAAGCAAGAUUUGGAAGACUACGUAACUACGCUGCCCGUUCCCACGUAUGUGUAUCGCACCGAAAAAAGGUCGGGCCUGAUAAGAGCGAGGCUGUUAGGGGCAAAGCAUGUCAAAGGACAAGUAAUCACGUUUCUAGAUGCGCACUGCGAGUGCACCGAGGGUUGGCUGGAGCCGCUAUUAUCAAGAAUUGCGAACGACAGACAUACUGUUGUCUGUCCAAUCAUAGACGUAAUCAGCGACGACACCUUCGAGUAUAUCUCGGCCAGUGAUAUGACCUGGGGAGGUUUCAAUUGGAAAUUAAACUUCAGAUGGUACAGAGUUGCACAGAGAGAAAUGGACAGGAGGAAUAGCGACAGAACGGCACCGCUACGAACACCGACUAUGGCCGGUGGAUUGUUUUCUAUUGAUAAAGAAUACUUCUACGAGUUGGGUGCGUACGACGAAGGCAUGGACAUCUGGGGUGGUGAAAAUCUUGAAAUGAGCUUUCGGGUGUGGCAAUGUGGCGGAACAUUAGAAAUCAGUCCGUGUUCACAUGUGGGACAUGUAUUCCGGGACAAGAGUCCAUAUACAUUCCCUGGUGGUGUCAGCAAGAUAGUCCUGCACAAUGCGGCUAGGGUGGCCGAAGUCUGGAUGGAUGAGUGGAGAGAUUUUUACUAUGCCAUGAAUCCAGGGGCGCGAAACGUCGACGUCGGUGAUGUUUCCGAGCGGAUAAAACUCAGAGAACGACUGAAAUGUAAAAGCUUCAGAUGGUACUUGGAGAAUAUAUAUCCAGAAUCGCCGAUGCCACUAGAUUAUUACUAUCUUGGUGAUGUAAAAAAUAUUGAAACGCAAACUUGUUUGGAUACUAUGGGCAGAAGAACCGGGGAAAACGUCGGAAUUAGUUAUUGUCACGGAUUAGGCGGUAAUCAGGUAUUUGCUUACACUAAGCGGCAACAGAUAAUGUCUGAUGAUAUGUGCCUUGAUGCAGCUAAUCCACAAGGUCCAGUAAAGAUCGUACGAUGUCAUGGCAUGGGUGGUAAUCAAGCAUGGGUUUACAGUGAUGAGACCAAAAUGAUUAAACACACAAACACGGGUUACUGUUUAUCAAAACCCCACUCAGGCGAUCCGGCGCAACCUGUCUUAGCGCAGUGCGAUGUCAACAACAUCGGCCAACGAUGGAUAAUGCGUAGCAAAUUCAAGUGGCAGGCCAGCUAAUACGAAUCAACUUUAUAAAUCUAUACGCAAUAUUUGUUAAUAUGUUUAAUGAAUGGUAACCGAUGGACUGAUCGUAUAAGAUCUUCCCAAGUGCGUGUACGAGAAAAGAGAAUGAAGUAUUAUAACCAGUGGCGAAGAAACGGUUCAAUAUUACAUCUAAUGUGUACGUCAAAUAAAUUGAAAGUGCGCGAGGAAUCGAUUCUCGUCGGAAUCGCAUCAGAAAUUGUAGUUAAAUAAUUAGAUUCUACAGGAUUUGUUUACCAUUGAUGAAGCAGUAUCGAGAAUUUACUGCCAUUCCUUGUGGUACGGUCCUUACGAUACGCCUUGCAAUGCACAAUAGUAACAGAGAUGAAUUUCUCUAAUCGCGUGUGAACAUAAGUGAUACUAAACGACGAACAAAGUGAACUCCUUUUUCUUCUUUCCUGACUAAAAAGCAGUAAAGAAGAAAUCAUAUCAGACCACUGUUAUAAAUAUAAUUGUUAAUAAGAGAGAGAGAGACAUAUUUGAUAAUUUUCGGAUGAAUGCAAUAAUGAAUGACUGACCAUUAAAUCGGCAACGAAAUGAAAUGUGAAUAUGCUAAAAAUGCAUUGCGAAAUAAUGACGGAAUGAAUGCUGGAAUGUCAGUGAAGUCGAUGUAACGGUACCGAUAAUGAUAUAGAAAAAUUAUUAUUGUACAAUCCAUUUAAUAAUUAGGGAAGAGCACUGAA